CAAAAUCGUACAUUUCAAUAGAGAAGUUGUAAAAUCAAAUUUAUAAGCUAUAAAAUUUUCAUUGCUUGUUCUAACAAUGUCUUUAUUAAUAUUAGUUGUGUUAUCGCUAUGUUUGAACAAUAUCAGUUCCCAAAAAUUCCGCAUGGACUACAUGUGGGCCCACGCAUUCAAAACGUUUUAUCGACUUCACGACUUGGCAACUGACUGGGAUCAAGCGCGCCAAAUGUGUGAAGCUGAAGGGACCACGCUCCUCAUACCAUCAAGUUUAGAUGAAAUAGAAAACCUGAAACUGCUCAUGAGCAAUAUGAAAGCGCACUACACCGGCGUUUUUAUAGGCAUCCACGACCAAUUUUCCGAUGGCCACUACGUCACUGUCAAAGGUGAACCCAUAACGGGAACGAUUUUGGAACUAUUGUGGGCGGAAGGUCGCCCGGACAACUUAAACGGGUCAGAGCACUGUGUCAUCAUGACUAGGGAAGGGUUGUUUGAUGAUCGGCCUUGCUCUGAUAUUUUUCCCUUUGUCUGUAAAAUAUUAGGGAAUGAUACGCAAUAUAAUGAGCCAUGUGAUAGUUUCGAUAUGGGUUAUGAACAGCAUAGUGUAAUAAACAGCAAAUGCUAUAAGUUUCACGGUGAACCAUUAUCAUGGCACGAUGCGUACCUUGCCUGUAAGCUCGAAGAAGGACGCCUGGCUAUAGUUAACUCGGCAAAAGAAGCUAGUGUAUUUGUGAGCCUCUUGGGGGAACAUCUCAAUAGUAACACUCCUGAUCCAAACAUUCUGUAUAUAGGCUUCAGUGAUUUGAUGUUUCCGUAUCAAUAUAGAACUAUCGUUGGUCAAACUCUAGAAGAAGCUGGCUAUGCAUCGUGGAGUCCACUACAAGAAUCACUCAAAGCAUUUACAGACAAGCGAUGCGGUGCCUUAUCAAGGACUGGUUUUCUUGAAGUUACGCACUGCAACCGUCCAGCAAUGUUUCUAUGCGAAAAAGUCCUAAGUGAAACCCCUUAACUGUAUACAUAUA